GGUUCUGUCAGAUUAGAGUUUGCAUUCGGCGGUAGUGCGUCAACCGGGUCGUGUUUUCCGUAGCGACGUUCUUCAAAGCGAGUGGAACAAUUUCCAAACAACACAGAGGAGUAUUGUGUGUGUGGUGAGAAAAGAAAACAUUUCCUACCAUUGCUAGAGCCUACAUGUGACGUAUUGUCGUCAGGAGUGGAACCACAAGUGUAUUUCGUUGAUCUGAUGCUUCAUGAGCUUUUGUGAACCCAAGUGGUCCCAGUUGGUAAUGCUGAAGUGCAUCAAUGAUUGAUUGUGCUUUUGGCUUGGUGUAAUUUUUCACACCGCCUUUGGCAGUUUGGCAGUAUUCCUAAUCCACAAGCGGCGACCGUGAAAACGGGGGGAAACGUGAAUUUGAGGCGCAAGUGUUUGUUGACAGCGUUUAGUGUUCUGCAGAUUGCAGUGUGAUUUCCAGAAUUGAUUUGUUAUAAGUGGGGGACGGAGGAAGAUGGAUGUUUGGUGCAUCAAAGCAGAAGGGCCACACACUGCAGCAAACGAAAAAGGAUAAAUCAUUGAGUCGAAGUACUUCGUUGGAUGUUUUGUAUGAGGGGAUUGUUGGAUGCUGAAAAGAUGAUGAUUUCCCCGUUCGUUGUUUCAUGCAGAGGUGAUGAUAAUGAUUCAUGAAUAAAGUGCUUGGGAGUUUGUGAAGAACAACAGCGCAUAUGAAACGAAAGUGAAGUCCUUGACAUAGGAAGUUAUACAAAAAAUAAAAAUGCGUCAGGUGAAAUAAACCAUGAGAAAUAAUUAAUUCAAGGACGUUGCGGCAAAUUGGAAUGCAGACUAAGCAUCAUCAAUAAGCUGAUAUUAUCAGUUUUGAAAACAAAAAUUUGAUGUGGUUGAUCGAGUAAAUAGGUGAACUUGUGGAUCGUACAAGUGCAAGGCGAGUAAAGGAUUAUCGGUGAAGAAGACAAAGUUGGAAUGAAUAUUUUAAUUGGAUCGACACCAGGCUACGGAUUACACGUUCACUUUGUUGCAUAAUCCGUUGCAUCUACCAUAGUCAUCAGUGCAGCAGUGAGUGAGUGAAGGAAGUGAAGCGACGGAAGGAUUCAUCGUUAGUGAGCAAUAUAUAUGUACAUAGCAAGAGAAGAUUUCAAGCUGAGCAAAAAAGACACCCAGUGUCGUCCUAUGAAAUUCAAAUUAAUCAUAGCCCUAUAAUAAGUGGAAUAUUAUCUCUACAUUCAAACGCAUAGCCGAUUCUACGACGAUAAUCUACUCUUCAAUGUUGGAUGUUUGUGCUGCUGUUCAUCAAGCAAAAGUUUAUUAGAUUCUAGGCUCUCACUAAAGUGCGACAUUAUCGAUCAUUACUCACGAUACAAGUGACGCGUAUGUUAACUCAUGUUACAUUAUCUUCUGCUCCACAAAACACACAGCGCGGCCAGUACCAUUUUAAUUAAAAUAAACUCAAAGCAACUGUAAAUAGAACAAAUACAAAUCCAAAACCCCUGUGCGCACUCAACUGAGGUAGAGCAGAAAAAAACUACAAAUCCAUUCCGUCAGAUCGUUAGAAAAAAUUGCACAAGCGAAAGAGUAAAAAAAUUGUGACAAAUAAUCCAAAGCCCCAGACCGUAAAAAGCGAAUUUGUCAACAAGCCAUCAAAUCAACCAGAUUGAAUGCAAUAAAACAAUAACACGGGCAACGAAUCCCUGCCAUCAUCCGGUGAAAUGAAACCGUUCCAAUCCCACGACAGCACCACCAAAUAGCCAUCAGCAUUGCAUUGGUUAUUCCCGACGGGGAAAACCUACGUUUCCGGCCAUUACAAUUUCUAUGCAAACUCAGCGCCAGUUGGGCGAACGGCCGAAGCCCAAGUGAGAAAGUGAGGGACAUCGCAGUGAUAUCAGAGCAUUACCCCCCAUCUACUGAGUGCUUCCAGAAAAAGGGGGUUUCACGAUCUACGCCGGGCUCAAUUUCGAGGAAUAAAAAUAAAAGUGCUAGAAAUUUAACGGCUUUACCUCUUCCGUUUCGUAAAGAAGGUGAGAGGAAACGCUUAAGGUGCGACUCGAAAAGGAAUGUACUAUAAAAGGCUGUACCGUAAUUGCUAAAUUGUCGUCGUCGCCAUCGUCGUCAUCACCGAAGUCGUAGGAAUGGGUCGACGUUCCUCUUGUUGUAAAUAAAUGUUUCCGUUUAACGUCCUGUGCUCGACGCCGUGAUCGCAGAAAUUUCCCUUAACGUUACUGCAGUGCAAGAAUACCCGGGAUACCCGCCAGAAGUAGAGACAAAAGGUGUCCUCAGAUAUCGUCGCAGGUCGUUGGCCGCGAAAAGACGCCAAAGCAUUCAAGAAUGUACCAAUAAAAUAAAAUUGAACGGUCUGCUUCAAAGGAAAAGGACCUCCAGUCACAUCCACCGUGCAAAUUACUGGCCACGUAACGAAAAGGAGUGCUUGUCCUAGCUUUUAUGAAACAUUGUCGAACCGCUCUAUCCUUCCAUCGAGGAGGGACGCACACCACCACACCCACGCAAGGACUCCCAUCGGCGCAUCAAAACGACGGGCCCUCGAGGAAGCGAGCAAUGUCCACGUUGAAUCAGCAUAACAAUAUGUGCCACUCCAAUUUAAUAUUCAUCAUACUUUUUAUUUUUAACGAUUACGUCACAGGCGACAUCAGCACGUCUUUAGCGCUAAGUAAGCUCAAUUCUGGUGGAUCGUUUUUCGCUGGACCAUACCUAGACGGGACUGGAGUUAGUAACGUUACCACACAGAUAGGAACACAUGCAUAUCUACCGUGCAAGGUGAAACAGCUGGGGAACAAGUCGGUGUCAUGGGUACGAGUGAGAGACGACCACAUCCUAACCGUGGACAGAAUGACAUUUAUAGCCGACGAACGCUUUCAAUCAUUCUACGUGGAGAACAGCGGCGUUUGGACGCUGCAGAUCAAAUACGUUCAGGCACGUGAUGCCGGAAUAUACGAGUGCCAGGUGUCGACAGAGCCGAAAAUAAGUGCUAGAGUACAUCUGCACGUUGUUGUGCCAAGAACCGAGCUUAUUGGAGAUUCCGACCGGUACGUGAAGGCAGGGAGUGCCGUCAUACUGCGUUGCGUUGUCCGUGGUGCCCUGGAGCCACCAUCCUACAUUAUUUGGUAUCACGGCACCCAGCAGAUUUUCACCGAGAACCGACGAGGCUGGAAAACGCAGCUGGAACGCGGUGCACCGGACCUCGAUGGUGACAUCCACAGCACUAUUGGAUCAUUGAUCAUCGAGUCGACAAGGAAAAAAGAUUCUGGGAACUACUCGUGCAGCCCAUCGAACAGUCCACCGAUCACCGUUUCGCUGCAUGUCAUCAAUGGUGAAUCCUCAGCAUCUGCCGUUACGUCGUCCGCUGGAUCGCUGUUUGAUGACAGUAUAUCAAUGGUUAAGCAGAGGAACAUCCAUAUUUUAUUGCAGCAUAGGUCAUUUGUUAUGUUACUCGUUUUGGUUAUCUACGCUCAGCUAAGCUGUCGCAUGUACUAGUUAAGAGAAUUUAUCUAAGUUAAUAAAUUUGAAAA